CACCACUGCUGCUCGGCCCACCACCUCCACCACGAGACCUACGCCAAGCAAGACCACCACUGUGCUCACCACUACUGCACCAACCAGCAAGCCUACCACAACACCAACCACCACCAGCCAGUCCACAUCAACCAAGACCACCCCUGCGCCAACCACUGCCUGGACCACACCAACCAAGACCAGUACUGUGCAGCCAGCCACCACCACCACCUCCACCACCACCACCACCCAACCAAGACCACUGCCCCACGGCCAACUACUACCACCCAGCGCCCAACCAGCCCUGCACGGGUAGUGCCGCCUACCCCACCCCUCCCAUCCAGCCCUGCACACCCCUCAACCCCAGUCCCCCAUCUGUCCUGUCCUCGCACACAUGUGCCCUGCCGUGACGGCACUGAGUGCGUGGCCCAGGAAUACAUGUGUGAUGGGGAGAAGGACUGUGGGGAUGGCUCUGAUGAGGACGGGUGUGCCCAGCUCUGCGACACUCCAGGCAGCAACAGGGCUGGCCUCACUGCUCAUGGUGACCUAGAUGUGACUGAGCUGAGAUUGCCUCAGUCGCCUUGCUUGAGACCUAGGCUGCUGGAGGGGCCUUCCACUGUGCGAAUGGAGUCACUUGUGUUGAGGCUGGAGAGCGCUGCAAUGGGGCCCGAUGCCUCAGAUGAGGUGGGCUGCUGGACCCCCUCUCGGGAGUGCGCCCUGCGCUGUGAUGCUGCCACCCGCUGCGUCCCCGAGAGCUGGCUGUGCGACGGCCACGCCGACUGCCUGGACCGCACCGACGAGCAGGGCUGCGUGCCAAAGGAGUGCAGUCCAGCCGAGUUCUCCUGCCGGAGCGGGCAGUGCGUGGCCCUGGCUCUGCACUGCGACGGUGACAGUGACUGCCAGGAUGGCUCGGACGAGGAGGGCUGCGCUGUUCCCCGGCCGCUGCUCUGCCGCGCGGGCGAGGUGGCGUGUCCCAGCAGUGGGGAGUGCGUGCCGGAGGCAUGGCGCUGUGAUGGUGCUGCCGACUGCAGGGAUGGCACAGACGAGCAGGGCUGCCCCUGGGAGGAAGGGCUGUGUGGGGACCGGCAGUGGAGCUGCUCCCAUGGCCAUGAGUGCAUCCCUGAUGUGUGGCGCUGUGACGGAGAGAGCGACUGCACGGAUGGCAGCGAUGAGGCUGGCUGCCUGCCUGCUCCCUGCCAGGGUCACGAGUACCCAUGUGGGCUGGGGACCUGCCUGAAUGCGUCCCUGGUGUGCGAUGGCCGGCAGGACUGUGCGGAUGGCUCAGACGAGGGGGGGAACUGCUCUGUGCCCUGCCAGCGGUCCUGUGCUCGUCUCUGCUACCCCUCGCCCCAGGGCCCUCGGUGCUGGUGUGACCCAGGCUAUCGGCUCACUGAGGAUGGUCUGUCCUGCAUGGACAUAGACGAGUGCACAGAGCAGGGCGAGGGAGCCUGCAGCCAGACAUGCCUCAAUGCCCCGGGGUCCUACAGCUGUGGCUGUCUCCCCGGCUACCUGCUGGAGCCUGAUGGCCGUGUCUGCAAACUCACUGGACCAGAGCCCAUGUUGCUGGUGGCUGUGCAGUCAGAGGUGUUGUCCUAUGGCCUGCGGAGUGGGCGUGAGGAGCUGCUGCUGGCCACUGACAAGGAUCGCGUUAUCUUCUCGCUCGACUAUGACCUGGUGGAGAGGAAAGUCUUCUGGAUGGACCUGGCCACAGAGAGCAUCCGCUGGCAGGACCUCGACUCGGGCAAGAAAGGCACACUGGUGAAAGGUGUGAGAUCAGACUGUAUAGCAGUGGACUGGCUCGGGAGGAACCUGUACUGGACAGAUGGGCAUGUGCUGGCCACUCGCCUGGGGGCUGCCUGGCGAGGGAUACCAGAGUACACUGUGGUGAUGGAUGGAGACCUGGACCAGCCCCACUCCCUGGUGCUCCAGCCUUUGGCAGGGGUGCUCUACUGGUCAGAGGUGGGGAGGCACCCACGGCUGAUGGAAGCCACCAUGGAUGGGAGUUGGCGGCACGUGCUGCUGGCGCAGGGACUGGGCUGGCCCACAGCACUAGCCCUCGACCUCCCCACCUGGAGGAUCUUCUGGCUGGAUGAGAAGCUGGGCAGCAUCGGUUCUGCACGUCUGGAUGGCACCAGUGUGAAGCUAGGCUGGGUCCGGAGCCCCUUCGCAGCAGCGGUGUGUGAGGGGCAGCUCUACUGGUCGGCGAUGGCGGCAUGGUCUGUGCAGCAGGUGGACAAGACCAGUGGCAAGAACAGGACUGUGCUGCUCAAGCGACACGGGCAGCCCCACGGCCUCCUGGUCUACCUGAAGGACCUGCCCAAAACGGCUGGAUUCCAAGGUCUUCCUCCUCACCGAGUGCUGCCCUUGGCCAAGGUGGGCCGCUUGACGGCUGUCGACUACACAGUGAAAGACAAGAGCCUCUACUUUGCGGAGGUGGGAGGCGACUCCAUCGGGCUGCUGCGCUUGAAGGACUGGGGGCGGCUGUCCUGGAAGCAGGCGGGGGAGAGAGGCACCAUCAGCAGCAUCGAGCUGGAUGGAUCCCACUUCCAGGUGGUGCGAGAAGGGCUGCAUGGCCUCUCGCUCUUUGCCAUCGGAGAAGGCUUUCUGCUCUGGAGCACGACCUCAACCAACAGCUCCAGCAAGAUCUGGCACAGCCGGCUGGAGCGGGCUGAGAGCUGGUGGUUCCCAAUGGAGGAGGAGUUGGUAGCCAUGAGGAUUUACAGCCAGUUCUCACAGGAAGGCACCAACGGCUGUGCAAAGAGCAAUGGGGGCUGUGCCCAGCUCUGCCUGCCCAACCCCACAGGGCGGCUGUGCCGCUGCUCUCCUGGCUACCACCUGGUGCGUGGGGUGGCCUGUGCGCUGGCACUGCCCUGCCCGGCCCCGCUCCACGCCUGCGCUGACCUCCAGAGCUGCAUCUCCAGGGAGCAGGUCUGCAAUGGGCAUCCUGACUGCGCUGACGGCUCAGAUGAGUCUGACUGCCCCUCUGUGGAGGUGGGGACACAGGUCCCUGCUGUGGCACCAUCAGGAAUAUCCCAUGUGGAAGAACAGAAACCAGCCUUACCCACAGCUGCACCCAAGCCUCAGCAGCCCAGCCUCAGCCUGCCCACAGCCCCUGGCCCCUGGGAGCAUGGAGAGCCCUUCCUGGUACCCCCCAGCACCGAGGAGGUGCUGGGGGCCGUGCCGUGCAGCAGCGAGACGUGUAACCUGCGCGGGGACUGCGCCAUCGAGGCUGGGCGAGUGACGUGCCACUGUGCCCUGGGCUAUCGUGGUGACUACUGCGAGGAGGCAGAGGUGCAGCCCGUUGCAGGACCUAUUGCUCUGGGGGUGGCCGUGCUCCUGCUGCUCACUGCCGCUGCUGUGGGGGCCCUGGCCUACAUGCGGACACGGGACAGGCGGAGGAGGACCUCAAGCACUGCCUCCACCCGGGUGCUGACCUUGUACCACCGUGAAAGCGACCCUGAGGAAGAAGAUGAGGAGGAGGAAGACCUUCCACCCAAGAGUGAUACCUUUGUGAACGAAGCUUAUGAUGGGAAAGAG